UCCACCACAGCCAUGCAGCCCAGGCCCAUUGAAGCACCGCUUCUACGCACUAUGCCUCAUACCUGUCGGUGAUCACUAAUCCAUUUCUCUGCUCUUAUCCUGAUACUGCGCUGCAGACCUUGGUCUUAUCACCAUGGCCCGCGUCCCGUUUAUUGGACGGUUGUUUUGGUUCGAGUACUUGGCUCUCUUUGGCUCGUUGGUCUUGGUGCUCCUGGAAUGGAUCAUACACAUCAUAACGUUCUGUCUCCCCGAACCUAUCAUUAGGUUCUGUUACGAUCGCUCCAAGACCGUCUUCAACCUUCUGAUCUCCCCGGAGGACCCAGGCAAACGCGGUAAAGAAGAGAAGGUUGCUGCGGCCGUUGCGCAGGCGUCCGACUUCACCGAUAUAUGCGCGCUAUUCGGGUACCAGGCCGAGGAACAUAUUGUCCAGACAGGGGAUGGAUACCUGCUUGGAUUGCACCGCUUGCCCUAUCGGAAAGGGGAGGAGGUCAAGCGUGUUAAUCAGGGUGAGGGGAGCAUCAGGAAGAAGGUGGUCUAUCUCCACCAUGGCCUCAUGAUGUGCAGUGAAGUCUGGGUCUGUCUGUCGGAGGAGCAGCGGUGCCUUCCGUUCCAAUUGGUAGAAAGGGGCUAUGACGUGUGGCUGGGAAACAAUCGAGGGAACAAGUACUCGAAGAAGUCCGUCAAGCAUUCCCCCUUGUCGAAUGAGUUUUGGGACUUUUCGAUAGAUCAAUUCUCGUUCCACGAUAUUCCAGACAGUAUCAAGUACAUCCUCGAAGUGACAGGGCAGCCCUCCCUGUCAUACGUCGGGUUCUCGCAGGGAACAGCGCAGGCAUUUGCGACGCUUUCUAUCCAUCCUCUUUUGAAUCAGAAGAUCGAUGUGUUUGUGGCCCUCGCUCCGGCCAUGGCCCCAACAGGCUUACCGAACCACCUGGUGGAUUCGCUCAUGAAGGCUUCGCCAAACUUUUUGUUUCUGCUUUUCGGCAGACGCAGCAUCCUUAGCUCAACAACGAUGUGGCAGACGAUUCUCUAUCCACCGAUCUUUGUCUGGAUUAUUGACACGUCACUUCGGGGGUUGUUCAAUUGGAGGUGCAAGAAUAUCAGCCGCUGGCAGAAGCUGGCAGGGUACCUGCAUCUUUUUUCCUUCACUAGCACUAAGUCAGUUGUCCACUGGUUCCAGAUCAUCCGACACCGGAACUUCCAGUUCUACGAUGAUGAGAUUCAUGCCCCGCUCAGCAUUGUGGCGAGCGAGCGAUUCUACAAGCCGGUCAAAUACCCAACUAAGAACAUCAAGACACCUAUUGUCAUGUUGUAUGGUGGUAGCGAUAGUCUCGUCGAUAUUGAUGUGAUGCUGUCCGAGCUCCCGCGCGGGACCGUGGCAAAAAAGGUCCCCCAGUACGAACAUCUCGAUUUCCUGUGGGCGCACGAUGUGGACCAAUUGGUGUUCAGUGACGUCUUUGACGCGCUAGAGCAGUACAGCUCCUGGACUCAAGAUGAGACAUUAAUGGACAAGGUCAAUGGUGUGAGAGCACAUGCACCGGCUUGAGGUUCCCGGGACUGCACCGAUUGCGACAUGCAUGAUUAGAGCGCAUUCCCUAAGGUGUUCCGGCAUUGUUAGCAAAGCUAAUGAUGGUGGCUUGCGUGUUUCGGCUUGAAGAUCUUAAUGACCCCGUCCCGGUGCGAGACAAGUGUAUUGUUCUGCUCGCCUUAUCCUG